GGUCAAAGGUCAUGUCGCAUCAAUGAGCUAAUAACAAACAUGGCGGCGCUCGGUACAGCACGGUGCUUAUUUCGGACCUACUCUCGGGUUAAACAUGUUGAAAAGAGAAACCAAAUGUUGGUCAGGUGUAGCGUCAGGACGCUCUGUAGCGGAACACAAGAUAGCGCCCUCUCAGACAACGCUAAGUUCACAGAUCCGGCUGUGCAGGACAUCCUCACCAGGAUAACAGGCCUGGACCUGCAAAAAGUGUUCCGACCCAUUAAACAGGACCUGAAGCCGCCCACAUAUAAACUCAUGACUGAUGAGCAACUGAAGCAGGCGGUGGAUUUAGCCACAGAUCAGGCAAAGAAGUUGCUGCAGAUGCCCCCCGUCCUGCCGGAGAGGAAGCCCAUCAACGAUGUGCUGUCUGAGGACAAGAUCCUGGAUGGCAUGAUCACAGCCAAAUAUGUCUUCACAGACAUCACUUUCAACAUUCCACACAGGGAGAGGUUCAUUGUUGUACGGGAGCCCAACGGGGUCCUUAGGAAGGCGACGUGGGAGGAAAGAGACCGGCUCGUUCAGGCCUACUUCCCCAAGAAUGGACGCAAAAUUAUACCACCUCUUCUCUUCAAGGAGGAGAACCUGAAGAUGGUGUUUUCCCAGGACCGCCAUGAGGAUGUGUUGGACUUGUGUGUGGCCCAGUUUGAACCGGACUCUGCGGACUACAUCAGGGUACAUGCAGCCACCUAUGAGGACAUGGCUAAGAACGACAAAUAUGAGCAGCUGCACUCCACCAGACAUUUCGGAGGCAUGGCGUGGUACCUGAUCAACGCUCGCAGGAUGGACGGGCUUAUAGUGAACAUGCUGAAGAGAGGACUGCUCCAGGAUGUGGUGAGUCUUGUGUCUCUGUUCCACAUGGUCCACCCCCACAGCGAGUCAGCCCAGGAAGCUGCCAGCCAGCAGGCCACUGGCGCCGACCUGCUUAAAAUCUAUGCCCAGAAGGAGUCCCAGAGGUCGGGCUACAUCGAGCUGACCCUGCAGGCGUAUGAACAGAUGGCUGCGGAGAGCGCCGCUGCCUGACCGGCCCACUCCUAGAUAGAAAUAUACAAAUUCAUCCACAAUGAGGACGGGUGCCCAUAAGCUCUAGACAUGAACUGAUUGGGUUGGAGAGCAGCCUUCACAGCCAUGUACUGAAGAUUGAAACUUCUCGUGUGACGCACAAAGUGACUCGUCUUCGUGUGCGACGCCGAGUCGAUUAAUGUAUAUAGCAAAAUAAAGAUCUUUGUACUCGA